AUGCCGUCGGACACCUCCAGCGCAGGCUCUGGCGCCGAGGCGCAGGGGGGCCGGGGCCGCCGGGGCCCGCCGUCUUUUGGCGUAAGUGGCACCUCUGGCGGCGCACGAGGCGGGAAGGGCAGCAGGGGCGGUCGGGCGCAGGCGGGCAGGGGUCGCGGCAGGGGGCGCAAGCAGGCGGCCACGGCGGCAGCGGCAUCGGCGGCCGCGGCGGCCGCCGCCGCCGACAGCGCCCCGCCGCCGCCGGCGCCCUGCCCCGCUGCCGGCAGCGACCUCGGGGCUAUGGCUAUCGUGCCGCAGCCGCAGACGCUGAGCACCAUGAACGCGAGCAGUGCGAUAUUUCAGCCGUGCGAGAGCAUCUACCAUCGAUUCCCUGGGCUGAAGGGCAUCGCGCUUCAAGAUGCAGUGUUCAACGUGUACGCCAUCCCGGGCAAGCGAGGCAUCACCGUGCCCUGGUACGUCAACGGGGAGAAGAGCAUGCUCCCGCAUCCAAACAACGAGCGCCGCCAAGACCAGGUGGUGCAAGAGUAUGCCGAGAAGGUCGCAGAGUAUGGGCACGUCCCUGGCGUGCGCGGGGACCCUUGGUGCACGCUCCACCCCGAUGGCGAGUACCCUCUGCAGAUGAUCACAUAUGGCACCCUGUCGCGCGGCUUCUACCAGGCGGUGGAGGCGGACAAGGCCUCCAGCGCCGAUGGCGAGGUGUCGAACGUCCUGAUCAAGCUGAGCUUGGAGAAGGGGCUUUCGAACGUCACUUGCUUUCAAGCUCGCACUCCGGAUGACGUUACCGACUGGCUUCGUGAUUGGCACAACGAGUGGCACGGAGGCUCGAAAUACACGCUCCUCCAGCACUUCGGAUUCUACCGCAAGCUCAACGUGGACUUCAAGGCGGCCAAGAUGGUGGAGGCUCCGUACAACAGCCUGUGGGAGUUCCUCCAGUUCAAGUACCCGAAGAAGCAGGACCAGAAGUUCGGCAGCGAGAACGAGCUGAAGGCGUGCAAGGCGCUCUGCGGGACGUUGAAGCGCAACAAGCUGACCCAGUGGACGGAGGAGUUCUUGGGGAAGCACUGCCGCUUUACGGACGAGCGCAUGAACAAUGCCACGGCUGUCUUCAACCUCCAUGCCGUAUCGGUUGCGCUGUUCAGUGUCGAAGUCCGCGAUGCUCUGGACUCUGGGACCCUCGCCGUCAUUUGGCAGCUUGCGUUGGAAUUCCUCGUCCCCACCGCGGGUCUGCCCCGCCCCAAGAAGUGGAUCUUCGACGCGCAGCAGCUGGACAUGUGCAAGUGGCUCUCGGCGGACAUGUCGGAUAGCCAGUCGCACAAGAAGGGGCAGUUGUACGCCAGGAAGGCGCUGGAGGCCGCCGAGAAGGAGGCGAAGAAGCAGGCCGAAGCGGCGGAGAAGGCGCGGGCCGCGGCGGCCGCCGCGGGCAGCGACUCGCCGCCAGAGCCGCCGAACAAAAAGCUCAAGGCUGGUGGCGCUAUCGUCAAGGCGCCAGUGGAGACGCAUGAUAACCUGGAGCUUCAGAAGAUCUGGGUGGUCGACGCUGCCAUUGCCAUCAUCACAGCCAUGUCAGAUGCAGAGAUCAGUGACGAGGAGAAGGAGCCGAUAUUCAGGGCCAUGAUGACAGUGGCGUUGGAGUUCUGUUGGUCGAAGCAGGUGGCGCUGGGCAAAAUGCAGUACACAAAGUGGUCCGAGCUCAAGGUCAAGGUGCGCGACGUCGCGGCCUCCAUGGCGCACAACGCCCAGUUGGGCAGGGGGGGCGAGGAGACGAUGGAGCUCGACUUCGUCGACGCCGACGACGUCGAGAGUGCACCUCUAUCAUCGGCCGCUUCGUCAGACGAGACCACCACCCUCAUGCGGCUGGAGUCAGCGAUCGCAGCCGGCGGUGCCGCCCUCACUGCGUUCAUGAGUGCGAACAACCAAGCUGUGACUGUCAAGCUGCACGCCGCGUACAGGCGAGUCAACAACGAUCUGUUUCAGCUCCUCGGGAUGACUGAAGGGAAUAAGCUCGCCGCCAUCGCAUCAUCUUCUGCGCCAGGGAGGGUCUCAGCUUUCAUUUUGCACCUCCUCGGCCUGGUGAAGGACGCGCUCAUCAAGGAGAUCCCGGAGGACAUGCUUGGCAUCGGCCAGCUCUCCCUCAAAGCCGUGCGCCAGACGUCUCAGCUGCCUGGCGCGGCCAUCAAGUACUUCAGCGACGUGCCGACGUUGACGAAGUUCGUGCGCAUCAGGGCAGUGCACACGCAACACAUAUUGGCAGACGUGCUUCAAGUACAGGAGAUGUUCCACCAUGUGUCCAUUGAUACGGGCGCCGCUAACGCUGGGGGUGCUCAGAAGACGACCAACAUCGACCUGGACAUAUUGGCGAGUCGCUUGGGCACGCUCGACACCAUGGGAGCCGUGGACCAGCACGUUUCCUACGACGAGUGGGUGGCGACCUACACGGAGUUUCUGUGCGGCGUCUACGACGGCAAGGAGCCCACUGCGAUCUUGUCUGAUCUCCGGGCGUCGCGCAGGCUAGUCGAUGACAGCAGCCCAUCUUCGAGGUCGGUGUCGGCGUCGGAGUCGUCGGCCACCCGGCCCCCUGCCCCUGAUGGCCCCGCCGCGGCCGCGCCUGCCGCGGAGGCGGAGGGCGUCGGCGCGGCUGGCCAGGGCGAGCUCAUGGUUCACGGCGACACCGGGGCGUCGGUGUACCAGCGGGUGGCGACGCUGAAACGCGUGUACGAGUGCCAGCG